UGCCUUUGUUCUCCGUUAUUCAUCUUCUUUUUCUUUCUAUCAAUUUUCUCUCUCAUCCCAUUUUCUCUCUCUAAAAUCUCAGGAUUCUCACGCCGCUAUUGUCAUCUCCUCCUUCGAUUCCAGUACGUAGGAUCUAUGAAGCAGGGACAGGUUGACACGACAUAAUUUUUAAAUGAAUUAAUUGAACAAAAUUACAUGCCAGUGUCAUGUCGGUGACACAGACACAUGUUGAACACUGGACACACCUUCAAUCAGAAGUGUCGAUGCUACAGUGUAGGAUUUUUUGCGAUGCAGUUGGAAAUGUUUGCAUGAUUUAUUUAUGCGAAAAGCUGUUAUAAGAAGAGUGUUAGUGAAAUAGUGCUUGAUCAAGAAAUGGCUGGGGUUGCGAGUGAGGAAUCUGGAGCGGGAAAGUCUGUGGAGGGAAGUUAUAGUGGGCACCGUGGGGAAGAGUUGGCAGAAUGGCGAUCUUCUGAGCAGGUGGAAAAUGGAAUUCCGUCGACUUCACCUCCUUACUGGGACACCGACGAGGAUGAUGAUGGACCAAAACCAUCGGAGUUGUAUGGAAAAUAUACUUGGAAGAUAGAAAACUUUUCAAAGAUUACCAAAAGGGAACUUCGUAGUAAUGCAUUUGAAGUUGGCAACUAUAAGUGGUAUAUUUUAAUUUACCCACAAGGUUGUGAUGUAUGCAAUCAUCUCUCUCUGUUUCUUUGUGUUGCUAAUCAUGACAAACUUCUUCCAGGAUGGAGUCAUUUUGCACAAUUUACAAUAGCUGUGGUUAACAAAGACGCCAAGAAAUCAAAAUAUUCUGAUACAUUGCACCGGUUUUGGAAGAAAGAGCAUGACUGGGGAUGGAAAAAGUUUAUGGAGAUUUCGAAGGUGAGAGACGGCUUUGUUGACGAGUCUGACAACCUGAUAAUAAAAGCUCAAGUUCAAGUCAUUAGGGAAAAAGCUGACAGGCCUUUUCGUUGCCUUGAUUGCCAGUAUAGGAGAGAGCUUGUUAGGGUCUAUUUGACAAAUGUAGAACAAAUUUGUCGGCGUUUUGUGGAGGAGAGAAGAAGCAAGCUUGGGAAGCUGAUAGAGGAUAAAGCUAAGUGGUCAAGCUUCUGUAAAUUUUGGCGAGAAAUUGACCAAACUUCUAGGCGCCGCAUGUCUAGGGAAAAAACAGAUGUAAUUUUGAAAGUAGUAGUAAAACACUUCUUUAUAGAGAAAGAAGUGACCUCUACUUUGGUGAUGGACUCCUUAUAUAGUGGAUUGAAGGCUCUUGAAGGCCAGACCAAGUCCAAGAAAGGUAGGGUAAAAUUGUUGGACGCUGAAGAAAUGCCAGCUCCAAUUGUCCGUGCUGAGAAAGAUAUGUUUGUACUGGUGGAUGAUGUUCUAUUGUUACUUGAGAGGGCUGCUAUAGAACCUCUCCCUCCUAAAGAUGAGAAAGGUCCUCAAAAUCGCACAAAGGAUGGAAACUCUGGGGAUGACUUCAAUAAAGAAUCUAUAGAGCGUGAUGAAAGGCGUCUCACAGAAUUGGGUCGUAGGACUCUGGAAAUAUUUGUCCUUGCCCACGUAUUCAGCAAUAAAAUUGAGGUUUCUUACCAGGAAGCCGUUGCUCUGAAGAGACAAGAAGAGCUCAUCCGUGAAGAAGAGGCAGCAUGGCUGGCUGAAACUGAACAGAAAGCAAAACGUGGAGUUAGUGAGAGGGAAAAGAAGGCAAAGAAGAAACAGGCCAAACAAAAACGAAACAACCGUAAAGGAAAGGAUAAAAGUAAGGAUGAAAGGCCUACUGUGGCAGUACAUGACAAGCAGCAAGACAAUGGUUCUUAUGAGAAAAAGGAUUCUAACUUGGAUGAGGUUCAAACUCUGGAUGAAAAGCUUGAUGCCCUGGAAGUUGUUUCUGAUUUGUCUGAUUCUGUGGUAGGAGUUGACGAAGUUAUUCAGCCUGAUUCAGAAGAGAGAGAUGCAAGUCCUGUUAAUUGGGAUACUGAUGCAUCGGAAGCUCAUCCUUCAACUGAGGCUAUUAGCAAUGGUAUAGAUGGUCUUGCACCUGUGCAAAAUGGAAUGGCCGAGAAAAGGAGCAGUUCAGUGAUAGAUGACAGUUCUUCGACAUGCUCUACUGAUUCGUUGCCUUCAGUGGUGAUGAAUGAUCCCUACAAGGGGAACUCCUUUUCAAAUUACAAAGUCCAGAAAUCGCCUAGCAGAGGUAAGAACCAAGUAAAAGCAUCAUGUAAUGGGAGUAAUUGGACAGCUGAAAUGGACAGUCAGGCAUCUGGUUCAGCUUCAAAUGCUGUUGAUAUUAACGAGUCUGGAAGUGGUAAGGUAGGUGAAUCUGAGUCCGAGGGUGCAAUCUGCUUACAGGAUCGGUUGAAGUGGCUCAACAAGCCUGUUGCCAGAAAGGAAGAGGAAGUUCUUUUACCGCAAAAGAAACAAAACAUUAAAGAGCAAGUUCAUGUUGAAAAACCUGUUGAUAAUGGGAGUCCACAGAAAGAGAUGACAUCAGUAGGGCCAUCCUCGCCGAGGAGUCCUUCUAGAAACUUACCCUCACCUGUUAAUGUCAGGAAAACAUCUUUUAGUGUCACACAACAGACAGGUAAAGAUACAUCUUCAUCUUUAACGUCUGCUUCACAACCAACAAUUGUGCCUAAAACAGAAAUCCAGAAGACUUCACCUCCAAGACCAACCGAAAAACCUAUUGCACAAGUGACUAUGAUGUCAAGGCCUUCCAGUGCUCCUUUGGUUCCUGGUGGUCCCAGGCCAACUACUUCGGUCUCUGUGGUUCAAACAGCUCCGCCUCUUGCACGCUCAGCGAGUGCAACUGGCCGAUUGGGUCCUGAUCCCUCACCUGCUACUCAUAGUAAUGUUCCUCAGUCAUACAGAAAUGCAAUGAUGGGGAAUCAAAUAGCUUCAACGACUACCAGUUUCACUCAUUCCACCUCUAGUUCAGGAGUAAAUCCAUCUUCAGGCUAUUCACAGCAAUCUUUAGUAUCAUCGCCAAUGUUUUUGUCUCAGAGCUCUGAAAAUAUGGGUUCGAUGGCUGGCCAGGCUAGUGUUCCUUUUGGUAUGCUUACUCGUGAUGUUUUGCAAAAUGGGCUGCAUUGGAUGGAGAGUUCUCAAAGGGAAGCCAGCAGAAGCAUGCACUAUGAACCAUCUUCCCGACUCAAUGAUGUUCAAAACCUGGACUUGUUCCAGCCAGUAGACAGUAGAUCUUUCGAUCAACUGCCAAAUGAGUUCCAAGCCUGCACAUCUAGGCGUCAGAACCAAGGGCUGUUGGCGGAUGAGUUCCAAGCCUGCACAUCUAGGCGUCAGAACCAAGGGUUGUUGGCGGAUGAGUUCCCUCACCUCGAUAUCAUAAAUGAUCUGCUUGAUGAUGAGCAUGGUAUUGGGAACGCAGCCGGGACAAGUUCAGUCUUCCAAUCCUUCAAUGAUGGAUCACAUAUGCUAAAUCGACAGUUCACUUUUCCAGGAAACUUGGAUACAAAUGAUGAUUUGGGAUCCUCAACCAGUUCUUGUAGGUUUGAGAGAUCACGAAGCUACCAUGAUCCUGGGUUUCAACAAGGGUAUAACCCCUCUAGGGGACAUUUUGACUCAAUGAGGGAUUAUCAUCCACAAGCAAGCACACUAUAUGGAAAUGGAAAAGUAGAUGGGUUGGUUCCAAACCAAUGGCAGAUGGCUGGUUCUGAUCUAUCUUAUCUUGGCUUGAGAAAUCCAGACAUUGAUGGUUACUCAUACUAUCAAGAUUACUCGAAUUUGACUGGUGUCAAUGGUUAUACAGUAUUCAGGCCUUCAAAUGGUCAGUAGAGGGAAAGGAUGGCAACGAAUGUAAUAAUGCGUUUGAGGAAAUUGUUGGGUCUGUUUUAGAUUGGAGCGAGGUUGUAAUCCCCUUGAUAAGAAAACAUUUUGUAAAGAGUGUUUCUGAGUAAUUGUGUUCCAGCUUUCCAUGAUUUUUUACAUGCCAUGAUCUUCAAGGAUUAUAGAGACUAUUAUACAUGUUCUUUGAGUGUAUUAUAAAUAAUGGAUUGAAUGUUACAGAUCGAAAACAAUCAUAAUCAGGUUUUUUCUUCUUUAAA